GUGAUUAACACCACGCAGUUUGAGAAAAAGAAGACCGGCGAAGAAUUUCAUUGUGAGGGUUGUGAUUUGAUGGCUGAGUUUGUUCCCUGCUCUGCUCGUAGAUAUAUAAGUUAUGGAAAGAAGUCAGCCAAAGUCUAUCACUGUGGACAGCACACCUGUCCAGUGAUAAAGGCACCGGUCAAAAACACAGAUCAAGUGCAUCAGAUUCUAAAGGACAAUCCUAACAUUAAACCCGCAGAAUUACAGUCUGCGUGUAUAUUAUCGACAAUCCGCCAGCAGUGCGACUGGCGCGACGUAGAGAAGCAAGCCGAAGCAACAUUGGAUAAACAAUGGAUUUCCAACGAAAAGAAAAAAUUGAAGAAAGACAUUGAGCCAGUCGGGCACAACUUCGAGGCAGUGGUUACGUUUAAGCAAUAUUGUGAUGAAAAGGACGAAUUUUAUGUUUACAAAGUUAAUGACAGGCGCGGAAACCCAGACAAGCCGUCCUUCGUGUUUAAAUCAAGUCGAGAGAAAGCUAAGAUAGCGUUGAACAUGAACAGAAAUGGCAGUCAUUAUCUCAAUAGCGAAUUUUGUUAUUUUGACGGGAAGUACAAACGUUGUCGUGGCUUUGUCACCUUAACUGCCAGCGUCUACCAUUCGCUCCUGCGAAAACAAAUAAUUCUGGGAACAAUGGAAGCGGAAUCGGAAAAUUCUCAAAAUGUCGCACUCUUUUGGGAAUUGUUUAACGAAAUCUUAAAGAAAGUUUCUGGCAGUGAGAAUGAAACUUUCAAUCCCAUUGGCUGGUGUACAGACUUGGCAGGGGCAAACUUAGCCGGACUGUGUGCUGUAUUCGGUGAAAGUACAAAAUCACGAAUCAAAACCUGCGAAUUUCAUUUCAAAGACCACCGAAACAAAAAGGCGAAUAGACUCGACAGUCAAAGCGGGGAGGAAUUUAAAAGCCUUUGCAACGAACUUCUUGAAAGUGUAUCAGAAAAGCAUUACGACACUGUUAAGAAACGUCUCGAUUCGUUUAUCGCGGCAAAGGAGGAGCGAUCGUUCUUGCAAAGUUGGUUAUCAUGGUGGCAUGACAGAAGAGGUUUCAUUUUCCGUGCCUUUGCGCCGAAAAAUGGACCAAGAAUGAACCAAGCAGAGGUCAUCCAUGCCGGUUGGGGACAUCGGGAUAACCCAAACAUGUCGCUUCUUGAGGUCUGCCAAGCAGACGUUAGAGACUCCUUAUUGUUAGACGCGGAAUUAAGAGGUUAUGCUGCGGGAACAGCUACAGGUGGGGAUGGGCCAUCUUUCUUACAAAGUAAGAAACGAGAAUAUGCGCGUGAGCUGAACAAAGCUAGAAAGAUGGGGGAGGAAUUGUUACAAAGCGAUGCCGAAGGUCUGACAAUCGAUCCGGCAGCGUCUUUUCGCCCGACAGAAAGGAAAAAACGCACACAGGAGGCCACCCGAAAAGAUAAGGUUAACAGACCAAAACAAACUGCCGCCACUGGGACGUUUGCUGUGACAGACAAGCGAGACCGUCCAUCUCACACCACUGCAUCUAGUAGCUCUCAUGUGCCUGCACCUGACCUUCUGUCUUCAAAUUAUAGCUUAGUACCAGCCUCUCAGCCUUUUCCGUUGUUUCCUUUGCCGAGCUGUACUGGUGCUCCCUCGCUGUACCAGCCCCCGUCGCAGCACCAACCUCUGUCGCAGCAAUCUCCGUCGCAGCACCAACCUCCCUCGCUGCACCAGUCCCCGUCGCUGUACCAACCUCCGUCGCUGUACCAAUCUCCGUCGCUGUACCAACCUCCGUCGCUGUAUCAACCUCCGUCGCAGCACCAACCUCCGUCACUGUACCAGCCUCGGUCGCUGUACCAACCUUCGUCGUCGGGAAUGGCACGUACUCCCUAUCAUGCAACACCCCACGAGCAGUGGCAUUCCGGCUUGUCGCCGUAUCAUUAUGAGAUUUGUUUAUUGCCUACCAAAGUACAAAAGUGCUAUGGAUGCGGUAGUGACUUUGUGGACAAGUAUAGAAAGCCACCAUUUAACCUUGUCGUUAAACACGUGGAUAGAAGGGUAAUUCGAAGAAACGAAGUUACGGGACAACUCGUAUUUAGCCAUGAUUAUUCUAACACUUAUUAUCACCCGUCGUGUGCACAUCUAAGACGCAAAAAUCCGGUAUUUACCGGCCUUGUCUUCAUUUCCAACGAGCUUUUUGCUGCAUUGGAACCUGGCCAGCGUGCUGUCCUUGAAGCAUGUGAUCUAAAUGUUGUUUCGAAGUAAACAUAGAUAAUGAUGGUGAACUAAAUCAUAUCACAUUUUUUCGACUAUUUUGUUCUUGUUUGCACCUGAGACGUGGAAUUUUUCGUGUAAGCAGCUAGUUCAAUAAAAGAAACUAGAUGCCGAGAUUUCUUGAUGUGGGUUUUGUCUGUGAUCGUGUCCGUGAUCGUAUUCGAAGUCUUAUUGAAAAAAUUAUCCCGCAAAAUGGAAAUGCUUUGGUUGCGCUUUUCUUUGAAAUUACACUGACACGUGACACGUAAUGCAAGCAGGACCUUCUUGUUUUGUUAUCUUGGAGCUCGAGGCUCCCAUACAGUCGGAAUUAAUCAACCGCUUAACUAUGCUGUAGAAUACUUUUCUUUAAUAUCCUUUUGUUUUGUUGGGAGGGAGGGGGGGGGGGCGGAGGGGGACGGGAGAGACACAGUUUACUAAUUAUCCGAAGAUUGUACGAAUGUUUCCGAACACUCUCCGAAUUCUGAGAAAAUUUCCGAAAACGUUCGAAAAUAUCCGAAGAUUGCCGAGGAAGAUCCGUGGGAUACCAUUUGCUACCACUCGCUAUUUGAGCUAUUUGUUUAACACGAGGAGAAAAAUUCAUGCAUCAUGUAUAAUAUUGUUUGCAUAGGUAAUCAUACCGUAUAGAGUUAUUUGCACGAGUGAGUUUUUCAAAAAGCUGAAAAUUGCGCGAGCCGCUUUGAAAAAAAAACUCCCAAGUGCAAAUUAAUUUCUAAUUGAACUCGAAACAUGAAAAAAAUUUCCGCGAUACAACGGUAAAAAGUAACUUGGUCAGCGGUCAGCUUCAAAAGAAAACACGAACUCGAUUUUCCGAUGAAUUCUGACCGCCUAUAGAAGUUUUUCAGAGUGUUGUCCGAAGGGCAUACGAAACUUUCUGAACAUUUUCUAAAAUGUUCCGGAGAUUCCCGAAGAUUUCCGAAUUAAUUAUUAUUUUUAAUUAUUAUUUUAUUUUAUUUCUUUUAUUUUUUAUUUAUCUUAUUUCAUGUUUUAAUACCCUCGACAUGGUACCC